CUUUUCUUUCUUUUCACCUAAGGCAGUCUAUUUACUAACACACACACACACACACACACGCACACACACGAGCUCUCUUUUUAUCCACUGAUAGUUACGCUAGGCGGUCUGACUUGAAGAAAUUGUGCGUUCCACUUCUUAAUGUAAGAUAGUGAAUAACCAACACAUCAGACUUUAAACACCAAUUACGGCUAAACAUAUGAUAUGUUGAUAGCGUUACGCCAGAGACAAGCAGACCGACCUCUUCCAUCAAAUUAUUAACAACACCAUGAAUUUCAACGCACAUAUACUCCUGCUAGCAGCGUGUUUCGCCAAUAUUUUACCAACGUUGGUAGCUGGAAUUACACAAGAAGCGAUCGAUCAGAUAGCCACCAAUAUGGAUAUCAAACACGACAUAUUGAGCAACCUUGAUGAUGGCUUACGCACCUUUCGAGUACAGUUAACCAUUACCAACCGUGGCGAAACUCCCAUUCCAAAAGAAGGUUGGGUGAUCUACAUCUGUUACAUACGUAUGAUAGAACCGAACCACUUACCAGCCCCUGAAGGAGUUGUGAGAGAUGAUAUUAAGUUUACUCAUCUUCAGGGCUGCACCUUUGCUCUGGAACCAGCUUCUACUUUUAAAGCGAUUCAGCAAAAUGAAGUAAAGAAGAUCAAUUUUUUAGCAGAAAAUUGGAUUGUAUCUAAAACUGAUAUAAUGCCCAACUGUUCUAAAAGUUUACCGUUGUUUAUUUUAGAAAAAUUGCCUGUGAUGAAAGCCAAAACGAAGCCAAUCAAUCGCUAUAUCGAGUUAGAAAUGAAACCAUUUAAGGUGAAAAUUAAUGGAAAAUUACAAGAUAAACCGGAAGCUUAUAUUUUGGAAGUGAAUUCGGAAAAGGAAUAUAUCAAAAUAACUGGUCAAGAUGCUCCUGGAGUAUUUUAUGGCAUACAGUCACUAAUGAGCUUGACUAGUGACAACUACACCAUACCGAAGUCAAACAUCAAAGAUGCCCCACGAUUUGCUUACCGCGGUAUGGAGUUUGAUGUGGCGCGAAACUUUUUCGGCAAGGAGACUGUGUUGAAAUUAUUUGAUUUGAUGGCAAUUUAUAAGCUGAACCGUUUUCAUUUUCAUUUGACCGAUGAUGAAGGCUGGAGGCUGGAGUUCGAGGGUUUAGAAGAACUAACUAAGGUUGGAGGACAUCGAUGUCACGAUCUUAAUGAAAAGCAUUGCAUCAUGCCACAGCUUGGCUCCGGGCCCACGACGAUAGGAAGUGGAUCUGGUUAUUAUACUAAGAAAGACUAUCAAGAAAUUCUUCAAUAUGCCAAAGAAAGACAUAUUCAAGUGAUUCCUGAGAUCGAUAUGCCAGGGCAUAGCCAUGCUUUGAACAAAGCAAUGCAGUCACGGUACCAGAAAUUAUUGCAGGAUGGUAAAAUGAAUGAGGCGAGACGCUAUGUUUUGGUUGACCCGAACGAUACAAGCCAAUACAAGUCGAUCCAAAUGUAUACAGAUAAUGCCAUUAACCCAUGCUUGGAAAGCACGUACAACUUCAUUGAAAAAAUUGUCAAAACUUUGAUUGACUACCACAAAACGAUAAUGCCUUUGAAAGUAUACCAUUUUGGAGGAGACGAAGUAGCUAAAGGGACUUGGGAAAAUUCCACUGCUUGCAACGAGGUCGUGAACAACAGUUCCAACCUUCCUGGAAAAGAGGUUUUCAAAGAAUACUUCGUUCGAAAACUCUCCAAUAUCACCGCAAAAUAUGAUAUUAAUUUGGCUGCCUGGGAAGACGGUGUGAUGAAAUCAGGAACUGUACCAUACAAUAUAUCAGCAUUGAAAAAUAAGGAAAUCUUUGCAUACGCUUGGGACAAUGUCUGGGAAUGGGGCAACUCAAACCGAGCCUACAAAUUAGCUAAUGAUGGCUUUAAGAUUGUUAUGUCACAAGCUACUCAUCUCUAUUUCGAUCAUCCUUACGAACCAGAUCCAGAAGAACCAGGCUAUUAUUGGGCUACAAGGUUUACAGACACACGCAAAACAUUUGGUUUUAUGCCUGAAAACAUUUAUGGCAACGCCAAAGUAGCAAGAUCUGGAGAGCCAAUAACGAAAGAACAACUUUGUGGAAAAGAAGGCAAAACCUGUGUUCAGCUAAAGAAGUUUGAAAAUUUAGCAGGUAUUCAAGGUCAUUUAUGGAGCGAAACUGUGAGAAACCCUGAGCGGUUCGAGUUUAUGGUUUAUCCCCGUUUACUUGCUUUAUCAGAAAGAGCUUGGCACCGAGCAGCUUGGGAACUGGAAAAAGACAAAAAGAAACGAGAAGAAAACAGAAAGAAAGAUUGGGAACGCUUUGCAAAUACUGUUGGAUACCGAGAAAUGAAACGUCUUGAUCGGUUAGGAAUUAAAUACCGAGUGCCGCCACCUGGUGCCGUAUACAACGAUGACCAACUAAAAGUCAACACAGCUUUCCCUGGUUUAAUUGUACAGUACAGCGUGAACGGUGGCAAAACCUGGUGCGAUGUGGAUGACGCUGCCAAAUCUAUAACAGACGGAUUGGUUCUCCUGCGUACCAGGUCAGCCACUGGAGGAAGAUACAGCAGAGUUGUGAAAUUACCAGUCUCAAGCAAAAGUUUAGGCGUUUCAGCAGUAAUCGUAAAGAACGGAUAUACUCAACUGUUUUCAUUGGUAUCCAGUAUUCUGUCUUUAAUCAUCUGUGCUGUUCUUCUGGAGCGGACAUAGACUUGCAAUCAGUGCAGAAGAAAAUAUUUUUAUGUUUUUGGUUUGUUGUAAAUUUUGCUAUUGAUUGUAUUCUAUUUUAUUUUAUUAUAUCUUUGUUUCAAUCUUCUAACUAUACAUAUUUCCAUUGAGUACUAAUCACGCAUCAAAUAAUACUCCGAAAUUUCAGCCCAUAACAGCUUACGAAAGGAAAGCAAUUCGAAAUUUGUUUCAAUUUCUUUCUGCUUUCUGUUUUUCAAGAUUUCAAUCUAUUUUGCUAGUUUUCUCUCUCAAUAUUGCGGUUUAAAAUUCAAAAUGAUAAAACUGAACUGUUUUUGGAGUUCUGUUGUGUGAUAAAUGACCUGAUAGCUAUAUGUGUGUUUGUGUAUGUGUGUGUGUGUGUGUGUGUGUGUGUGUGUGUGUGUGUGU